GGUAGGUCUGUAUUGGUCUGAAACACAAUUUGCUGCAUGUACCUUUAAUGUGGAGAGAAGUAGACACGCUCAUUUUUCCCUUGGAAUCCACCUUUUCCUCGAAUUAAAUAUCGUAGGUCUAUUCUUCAAUUAUAUGAACAUUACACGUCGAACCCUCAGCUCUGCAUGCCGCUUGAUUAAGAUCAACUGUAUCAGAAACUUCUCCUACUCACAGUGUGUUAUGACAUCAUCAAGGCAUACAAACUCCAAAAGGAUUGAGGGACUGGACAAGAAUGUUUGGGUGGCCUUCACCUCGGUGGCAGCAGACCCCACCAUAGUGAACCUGGGCCAGGGCUACCCCGACAUUCCUCCCCCAGCCUACGUCAAGGAGGGCCUGGCUAACGCUGCUGCAGUGGACAAGCUCAACCAGUACACAAGAGGCUUUGGCCACCCGUCUCUGGUGAAGGCUCUUUCUCAGGUGUAUGGGAAAGUGUAUGGACACCAGAUUGAUCCUUUCAAGGAGAUACUGGUCACAGUAGGUGGCUAUGGAUCCUUGUUCAGUACCAUGCAGGCACUGGUGGAAGUGGGAGAUGAGGUUAUAAUUAUCGAACCCUUCUUUGAUUGCUAUGUACCCAUGGUUCGAAUGGCAGGGGCAACACCUGUCUUGAUACCAUUACGACUUAGAUCCAAUAAAGAGACUAGUAGUGUUUCCAGUGCUGACUGGGUCCUGGAUCCAGAGGAACUAGCCAGUAAAUUCACCUCUAAGACCAAGGCCAUCAUUAUUAACACUCCCAACAACCCCAUUGGGAAGAUAUUCACCAAGGAUGAGCUUCAGUCUAUCUCCAACCUCUGCAUCAAACACGACACUCUGUGCAUCAGUGAUGAGGUUUAUGAAUGGCUCAUCUACAAGGGACACCAACACAUCAAAAUAGCCACUCUUCCUGGCAUGUGGGACAGAACAAUUACCAUCAGCAGUGCAGGGAAGACCUUUAGUGUGACGGGCUGGAAGCUUGGCUGGUCUAUAGGGCCAGAACACUUGAUAAAGCACCUUCAGACUGUUAUGCAGAACACCUUGUACACCUGUCCAACACCGCUGCAGGAGGCUGUGGCCCAGGGCCUGCUGAGGGACUAUGAGCUGAUGGGUCGGCCUGAGUGUUACUUCUCCUCUCUGGCCGUGGAGCUGGAGGGGAAGAGGGACCGCAUGGCUGCUAUCCUACAGGACGUUGGCAUGUCACCUAUCAUACCUGAGGGAGGGUACUUCAUGUGCGUGGACGUCACACCCCUUAAUCAGGACUUGUCUCAUAUGGGAGAUGAUGAGCCUUACGACUACAAGUUUGUCAAGUGGAUGAUUAAGGAGAAGAAACUGGCAGCCAUUCCGGUCACAGCGUUCUGUGGUGAUGCUUCCAAGAAGCAGUUUGAGAAAUACAUCCGUCUAUGCUUCAUCAAGCAAGACAGCACUCUGGAUGCAGCGGAAGCUAUCCUCAAGAACUGGAACAAGUAAAAUAAGUCCUCUUGGAUGUAAGGGUUUGUCUCAAGACCCUCUCUUUUUACUGUGACACCCCGAUAACACCUUACUUUGUAGGACAGGUAUGCCCUGUUUAUAUUUGUAGACAUCUUCGUGUUUUUAUGUUAUUUUAUUCAUGUAUUUUAUUGCCUUUUUAUUUUAGUUUUAUCUAAUUUGAUUGGAUUUUAUAUGACACACAUAGAAUGGAUUAACUUCCAGGUUUGAAUUUCCUCUUUGUGACAUAAGCGCUUGCUGAGUAGCACUCGUCAUCCUGUCAACAUUGUUUUCCUGUACCCUUCAUAUGAUGGAUAGAACAGUUUUAACCCUGUGCAGCCCUCCUGGUUUGGUGUUGUAUUUAAUUUGUGAAUAAAAAAUAUUACUUUUAAAAUA